CAAUUCAUAUUUAAAUAUGUCCUCCAAUGGGGAUGGAGAUAGCUCAUACUAACGUGUCAUCUCCCUCCAUUACACCUCACUUCCCGUCUUCUUCUCAUCCACUAACCAACAACAUUGUCAUGUCGAAAGAUCAUCACCGUUGGAUGGAUCAGAUCGCUUCAUGGCAGUAUUUCUCUUUAAACAACGAUAAAGGUCACUACUACGCAAGUCAAGGAGAAGAAGAUAUGAAAAACCCUAAUCGAUGUAAUUGUAGCAACAGCAGCAAGAAAGAGAGGGGAGACUGUGGAAGCUGCAGAAACUCGUUAAAAGCUUCGGUGUCCAGAGGACACUGGAGACCAGCUGAAGAUGCUAAGCUGAAAGAACUAGUCGCGGUCUACGGCCCACAAAACUGGAACCUCAUCGCUGAAAAGCUCCAAGGAAGAUCCGGUAAGAGUUGUAGGCUACGAUGGUUUAACCAACUAGACCCGAGGAUAAACAGGAGAGCCUUCACGGAGGAAGAAGAGGAGAGGCUAAUGCAAGCUCAUAACCUUUAUGGUAACAAAUGGGCGAUGAUAGCAAGGCUUUUCCCUGGAAGGACUGAUAAUUCUGUGAAGAACCAUUGGCAUGUUGUAAUGGCUCGCAAGUUUAGAGAACAGUCUUCUGUUUACACUAGGAGGAAGACGAUGAUUACUCAUAAGCCACUCGUUACCCCUAAUAUUCACUCUUGCAAUGAUUUUGAACCGACUAGGUCAGAUUUAAUCCACCCUGUUGGCAAUGACCAGAACCACCUUAUGUUACCCAUUCCUUGCUUCUCAGGUUAUGAUCAUGGAAUGUUUGAAAAUCAAAUGAUGGUCGAUGACUACUCUUCAAGGACACGAGAGGCUGCCACUAAAUUCGAUUUAUUAAGCUAUACCGGGAAGUGUGAGAUGCUUGAUGAGAGCAUGAACGAGAAGAAGGAACCACACUUUUUCGAUUUCCUUGGGUUGGGGACAGUGUGAUUAUCACCAUGAACAAGAGAGAGAGAGAGAGAGAGAGAGAGAGAGGAAUUAGGUUAGUUAACAAAAAGUAGGAGAUGAUUCCGAGUCUAUUCAAUGUAGUUUUGUUGCGUUAAUUAAUAACCAUUUGUAGAUUAAUUGUGUUAGUACCAUGCAACAUUCUUAAACUCGUGUUACUUACGUACGUAUCACUCUUUGAUUAAUUAAAGCUUUAAUGUACAUGCCAU